UGUGACGGUUUUCUCGCUUCUCCAAAGGCGCAUCGACGCGACUCCAAUCGACUUGGCUUGAUUCGCCGCUGACACGCAAGCCAGAAUGAAACGUGAAUUGCUUGUAGACAAAGAAAAAAGCAAAUAAGCAAACAAAUAUUUAAGUUUAAAUAAUUAAUUUACAAUAGCAACAAAGUGGCAACGUGUGUGUGAGUGAAUUUGAAGCUUUGAGGCAAAGUAGUUGAACUGGAGCGAAUGCGCUAAGAAGUUGACGGGGUUUCUAGAGUAAAGUAGUGCUUGACAAUCGAUUUUUGCUAACAGUGAGCAACAAUGUGGACCACGAUACACGCCGGCCGCGCUUCCACAAGCUUGUGCACGCAAACCGACGCGACUAAGUUUGGAGUCCCAAUGUAAACAGAGUUUUCGACGUCAAAAUUCGACGCAGUCAGGGGCGGUGUUAUUGUAAUAAUUAAUCUACAAAUAUUUAAGUGAAAAUAUUGUACAAAAAUACAUACAUACAUACAUAUAUGUGAAUGUGAGCGUAGAAAUUGGAAACAGUGAAGUUACUCGUGAAUCUAAUUAAUUUAUGCGCUUAACUGGCGUAUCAAUAUUAAUUUGUGUGUGAAAUAAAAAAAAAAAGAAAAUACACCAACAACAAAACUAUCGUGUAAUUUCAACUUUAAGCAGCGACCCGCAAGCAUCGACCAGCAUCAUCUGUUUUUGCCAAGAAAAUUAAGACGAGCUCUGCUGCUCUGGUUUCUUAAUCGAAUCAACCAAAAUAAGUGAAAAGAGUUAAUCAUGUUUACCACAUUCUGUGAAAUAUCCAACAUAAAAUCUUUAUUACAACGAACUAGGAGCUACUAAAACCAAACUGAAACUUAAAAUCUCCAAAAUCUUUUUAUGGCUUUAAAAAAUAUCAAAACACAGUUUGAAAAAAAAAAUAAUAAAAAUAUUGAAAAGUAGUGUAAAAACUUAAUAAACGAACGCUAAACGUUCCCAUAAACUUAAGAUUUCAUUUUGUAUUUGUUAGUGUGGGUGUGCGUGACGAAUAGCGGCGGCAUAAAAUUCAUCAUACGCCGUGUGCUCCAUUGGGGCACACGCCAAUCAACACUCAGCUGCGGCGCUUAACGGACAAAUGCGAUAACCAGUGGCUGAGAUUUUCACACUUGAAGAAACUUGAGAAAUACACCACACACACAUACACGCGUGCAAAACGAGUUCCUCACACGUCAAGCUGGAUGCGCAAGAAUCGAAAAAUGUCUGAGUCACGUCGUCCUUCGGUCAGUUUCACCGCCAUGCCUCCCGGCGUUCUAGUCAACGACAGUCGCAGCAAUUCCACCGACGAUAUACAAAUCGCGUUAGCGCCACACAUACAAACCUAUCUAAGUCAAACGGGGCGACGGCAUUCCUGCUGCAGCGUCAUGUUGCCGGUGGCAUUCGAACGCGCCUCGUCCAAAUCGUGGAUGGAUCCCAAAUUCGAUUCACCCGUGCUGGAGGGCCAGUUUCAGACCAGCGUAUUCCCACACAUACGCAUGCGUUACAGAUUUGCGCUCUCCUACAUUUUGAUCUGUUCACUUUCGUGGUUCCUGUACUUCCUGAUUGAUGGCGGUUCGGAGCAUUAUUGGCGCCCGAUUUCGAGCGCCUUCUCAAUGCUCACACUCAUCACGAUCACCGCCUUGUGCUUCACGCACUGGGACAUGUACCGCGCCUACCGAAGAUUGACUUCCGCUCUAACAGCCAUUGUGCUGUGCGCCUUCUCCUUGGCCUUUCUUAUCUGCACGGGUCGCGCCUUUAGUCCGCUCGGUCACUUCUCCAUAUGCGUAUCGAUCGUGCUACUCAUAUACACCGCACUACCCAUGCAGCUGUGGCUGAGCGCCUUCAUCGCAAUAGUCUACUCAGUGCUCUUCGAAGUCGCCUCACACAAGGUGGUGGGCAAUAGCGCCACACAUGGCACCGCCACCGAGUGUAAUAAUAAGAUUAUGUUGCUACGCAUUUUACUACACAUCUGCGUUCACUUGGUGGGGGUGCAUGUGCUGGUGAUGAAUGUGGUACGCAUGCGAGGCAUGUUCAUGAAGAUCGGACAGAAUUUGUUGGUACGUCGCCAACUGGAGAUGGAGAAGCAACUUAAGGAGAAAAUGAUACAUUCGGUGAUGCCACCGAAAGUGGCCAAUAUGCUGCUGAACGAGGGUGGCGCCAGCGGCAUUGAUACCAAAGAUGGUGUAGUGGAUCCAGAUUCUCACUACGUGCGACCACGCACUUCCAACGACCUGAAAUCUCUGUUUCGUCCAUUUCACAUGCAUAGCAUGGAUAAUGUGAGCAUAUUGUUUGCGGACAUUGUGGGUUUUACGAAAAUGUCCUCCACCAAGACGGCCGAGCAGCUCGUGGAGAUACUCAAUGAUCUGUUCGAACGUUUCGAUGAUCUCUGCACACUUAAUGGCUGCGAGAAAAUCUCCACCCUGGGUGACUGCUACUAUUGUGUAUCUGGUUGCCCGGAACCACGUGCCGAUCAUGCAAUCUGCUGCGUCGAGAUGGGCCUUGGCAUGAUUGAUGCGAUGCGUUGCUUCGAUGCUCAGCGGCAUGAGGGUGUUAAAAUGCGUGUUGGCGUCCACACUGGUACUGUAUUGUGCGGUAUUGUGGGCACACGACGCGUAAAAUUCGAUGUUUGGAGCAACGACGUGUCUUUAGCCAACAAAAUGGAGUCCUCUGGUAAGCCAGAGCAAGUGCACAUCUCUGAGGAGACAUCCAACUUCCUAGGCGAUGCUUAUCUACUGGAAGAGGGCGAAGAAGUUUUCGGUCAUCGCACAUACUUUGUAGUCGGUCGCCGAAAAGAUGUAUCACGCGCCAACAGUCUGAGCCCUAGCAUUCCCGCCAACUACGACGGCAGCCACUUGCAGCUGCCUGGCAUACCUGGACAACCAACACCGCUGUCGCAGAGCGCUACAAACAUUUCGGUUAUCCAUCCAAAUGUACCGCCCGCCUCACCAGUGGGACAACUUUCUUCCUCACUCAAUCCCUCGCCUGUGCUUUCGAUGCGACCGCGACUCACCUCGCUCAGUAUGAAACUGCGCAAGAAGUCCCAAAGUCGUGAACGUGACAUCGAACGAGGCAUUGUACAUCCUGAUGGCAUGAGUGUAGCACCAGUUGUUGUGGUGCGUGAAAGACCAAAGAUUAUUAUAACCACCAAGAGUCUACCCGGCAGUUUGGACUCUGCUGAUGAGCCCGACAAAGUGGAAGAGGGCUGUUGCAAUGGACUUAACGGCAUCAAUCACACCGCUCAGAAAAGUCAUAACACAGAAGAAAGUGGACGAACAAAACUUAAAUUGAAGGUGUGUAAAGUGCCACGAUUCUUUAAGAAAAUCGAAGAUAUUGUCAAGCAUACAGACAAAUCAUCAAACACUGAUGUGGUUAAUAAUGUACCCAUCUCCAAGGCUACCGCCGUAAAUAUUGACGAAGCUGUCGCAUUCAUUGAGCCAAACGGUUACCAUCAACUUCCAGUUGUGAUUGAAUCAUCCAAGCUACCAGUUUUAGGUCAUACACUGGAAAUACCACCACAGAAGCCCGUACUACACCAUGCCGCCACCUCGACCGGCAUCUCACACAACUACGUGCGUUCUCCUGACGGUAGUUGUUGCUCUCCUGGUCAAUACUCCAUGUUCGACGACAUCAUAGAUAUUCGCUCCUACAUAAGUCAGUCGCGCAGCGAUAUUUCACCUUUCGGCCGUUCCGGCAGCUAUCGUUCGCAGUGUGGUCGCAGUGGCAAGUCAGAAACAUCUCCUCUACCACGACCACGUGCUUCCACGCUCACUUCCACUACAGCCGACAAGAGCAAUGAUGUACCCGCUGCUCAACCUUUAAUCGCCGGCGGCGCAUCAUUCCCAUAUGCACCCACUACGACAGCCAAUCAUCAACCUCCGAAUUCACGCAAUUCAAGCAUAUGGCCAGACGGCCUUAGUAUAUGCCCAUCCGCUACUUCACGCAAGGACUCCGGCAUCAAAAGCAACUCACGUCGCUCUUCGAUACAACAACAAAUUUAUGCACUCAACCAAUCCGCCAUUAGCCAACACCGCGUCUCUGGUUAUUUCACCAGUUCGACAUCAAGCAUUUCGAACAUAGGCGUGGUCACAAACUUACCACAUGUAGCAAUUCCACCGAUACCACAGCCAAUACCGCAAGUAGCCGAUCCACUAGCAGCCUGUCUACAGCAGCUCCGCAAACAAUCCGAUCUUCAGUUGAUACGCUGCGUACGCGAUAACGCUAAGUCUCAGCGAAGCUACCUUGUCAAGCCGCCGCUCAAACGUUUCAGUUUGUACUUCAAAUCACGGCAAAUGGAACGAGAUUUCCGCUCCAAAGCACAUCGUUUUGGCAAUGAAAACGAAACCGAAGGCCCACCCACUUUGGCAACGCCCCGCUAUAAUACGUAUAUCGACAUUUUUGUCGGCCUUGCAGUGUACCUGUGCAUUUCGAUCUCGCUGUUUCUUAUGACGCCCAACACCGUUACGCCCAGCUUUCGUCUGUGGGUCUCACUCUUCACAGUCUUCACCGCUAUACAAAUAUUUGCGCUGUUCCUCUUCACGCGACAAAUGUGCCGGCGCCACAACUCACAGGCGCGUACGAAAGUCAACGACACGGACUCAUGUGCCGACCGCAUAUUUGAAGCUAUUUCCAGUUGGUACCCCUGGCAUAUCUGUCUGGCCAUAUUGAUGGCGAUGCCGGUAAUACUGAUCAUAGCCAACUUCCUUUUGCUCGAUCUCAAUCUGCUUGAAGCUUUCGAGUACCACUAUGGCUUCUUAAUAUUCGUAUGCAUCGUGCAUUUCUGCAACUUUACACAGCUGAACUGUUGGAUGCGCAACACGUUGGCACUAAUGGCGGCUAUGUGCUUUGUUGGCAUUGCCGUAAGUCAGCUGACAGUUUAUUCAAACCGGACGGACGCAGCGGAGGCAGCUGCAAUCGCACAAAAUGCAACACGUUUGCCAUAUCCCGGUACAGAGGGUGGAAAUUACCUCAUCGAAGAGAUCAAGUGGUUCCAGGACUAUCACGUGGAAAUUUAUCUAGACCUGCUGCUCAUACUGGUACUGGUUGGAUUUUUGAACCGCGAGUUCGAGAUCGGCUACAGGCUAACCUUCUACGGUAACGCCGUGGCCAAUCAAGACAAGAUACGCGUACAGAACAUGAAAAAUCAAGCAGACAUGUUGCUACACAACAUCAUACCCAAACACGUCGCAGAACAUCUGAAGAACACCGCAAAAUACUCAGAAAACCAUCACAAUGUGGCGAUCAUCUUCGCCUCAAUAGUGAACUUUAACGAAAUGUACGACGAAAGUUAUCUCGGCGGCAAGGAAUACCUGCGUGUGCUGAACGAAUUGAUAGGCGACUUCGACGAGUUACUCUCGCGACCCGAAUUCCAUUGUGUGGAGAAGAUCAAGACAAUCGGUUCGACUUUCAUGGCAGCUAGCGGGCUCGACCCGUCUCACCGCGGCGAGAAGCAUGAACACAUCCACGCUUUAAUGGAAUUUGCCAUUGCAAUGCAAGAGGUGGUGGACGCAUUCAACAAGGACCUGCUUGAAUUCAACUUAAUUCUACGCAUCGGCAUGAACAUCGGUGAUGUGACAGCCGGUGUUAUCGGCACGAGCAAACUUCAUUACGACAUCUGGGGCGAUGCAGUCAAUGUAGCAUCACGCAUGGACUCCACGGGCGUGCCGAAUCGUAUACAGAUUGGCAAGGACUGCCUGCCCUUCCUGGCAGACAAGUACGAGUUUGAGCCACGUGGCAGCGUGUACGUUAAGGGCAAAGACCACAUGGAGGUAUACUUAUAUACGAUACGUAAGGGCGAGUGGGAGGAAGGCAAAGAGGAAAAGGAGGCUAUGGAAAAGACGGAAAGCACAGUAGCACCAGCAGUAACAACAGGAGAAACGCCAGCGGAACCAAACGGUGUUGUGAAAGCAGGUAACGGUGACGUGAUUAACGAAGACAAGGAUGUGCUCUCAACGAACAAGGAAGGAACUUAAAAACCUAUACAACGCAGUGAGCUGUGAAUGGUAAAAAAUAUAUAUUGUUGAAAAUCAAGUGCUGUGAUGACGAAUGACUAACUGGCGUUGCAACGCUCCAUGGUCAGGAGGAACGCGUAGAGGCUUAGAGUAUUAGGUUGGCAUAACUGGAGGUACAUGAGAGCCAUUUGGAAAACUAUCAAUGUGAACUUAAUUUCGCUUACGCUGAAGUAAUGCGUGUGACCGCUGAAGCAGUCGUCGCACAUGGGUCCGAGGCCUUACGAAACUAAACGGGUAUCAAGAAUGGCAAGGUUUCAAAAAUUGCAUUUAUAG